UUAUAUGUAUGUACAUCAUGCACACGUACGUACAUACAUACAGCGAUCUGUGCUGUUUUAUGAACAGAACAGUUUCUUCAGUUCUCACCUGAACUUCACGACACGUGUAUGAAAGUAUUGACCUAUCGUGUUUAGUAUAUCAACUGAUUUCUAAUUUAUUGUUAACAACAAAAAUGACAACUGAAAGGAAAGGUACGUUCAAGGUAGAAUAUCUACAGAAAAUUGAGAAAGAUGUACAAGCAAAGUGGGAAGCUGAAAAGGUGUACGAGCAGGACGCACCCUUGGAAGUUAGAAAGUCUGCAGAUGACAAAUUUUUUGCAACUUUUCCUUUUCCUUAUAUGAAUGGAAGACUUCAUCUAGGACACAUAUUUUCAUUAUCGAAAUGCGAAUUUGCUGCACGGUAUAAUCGGCUCUUGGGAAAGAAAGUACUAUUUCCAUUUGGUUUCCAUUGCACUGGUAUGCCUAUCAAAGCAUGCGCUGAUAAAUUAAAGAGGGAAAUGGAAUUGUAUGGGUGUCCACCAAAAUUUCCUGAAGAAGAAACGGUAAUAGAACAAGACGUAGAUGACUUAAUAAUAAAAGAUAAGAGUAAAGGAACAAAGAGUAAAGCAGUUGCAAAAACAGCUAGUGUCAAGUAUCAAUGGCAAAUUAUGCAAACGCUAGGUUUGGAGGAUGAAGACAUAAAGAAGUUUGCGGAUUCUGCGUACUGGUUAGACUAUUUUCCACCUCUUGCUGUGCAAGAUUUAAAGUCUAUUGGAUUACAUGUGGACUGGCGCCGAACGUUUAUCACGACAGAUGCAAAUCCAUUUUUUGAUUCGUUUGUACGUUGGCAAUUUCAACAUUUGAAAGCUAGAAACAAGAUAAAAUAUGGAAAAAGACAUACAAUCUAUUCGCCAAAAGACGGUCAGCCAUGUAUGGAUCAUGAUAGAUCGUCAGGGGAGGGGGUAGGGCCGCAAGAAUACACGCUAAUUAAAAUGAAGCUCAAAGAGCCUUACCCGAUAAAUCUAAAAUGUCUUUCUGGGAAACCUGUUUACUUGGUAGCUGCAACUCUGAGACCGGAAACAAUGUAUGGUCAAACAAAUUGUUGGAUUCAUCCGGAAAUAACAUAUAUUGCCUAUUCUCUGUCAAACGGAGAUGUGUAUAUAUCAACUGAAAGAGCAGCAAGAAACAUGGCUUACCAAAACUUCUUCAAAGAAGAAGGAAAAAUAUUUACCGAACUGAAAAUUAUCGGGAAAGAUAUAUUAGGAUUAGCCGUGGAAGCACCUCUUACAGCCUAUAAAGUAAUUUACACUUUACCCAUGUUGACCAUCAGGGAAGACAAAGGGACUGGGAUUGUUACCUCGGUGCCUAGCGAUUCCCCUGAUGAUUAUGCGGCUUUAGUAGAUCUCAAGAAGAAAGAACCGUUCAGGAAAAAGUAUGGGGUGGCCGAUGAAAUGGUGUUACCUUAUGAUCCUAUACCCGUCAUCAAAGUGCCAGAAUUUGGUGAUUUAACUGCAGUAACGUUGUACGAGAAAUUGAAAAUACAGUCUCAAAAUGACAAAACAAAGCUUUCGGAGGCAAAAGAAAUGGCGUAUCUUAAAGGUUUCUACGACGGAAUCCUACUAGUUGGUAAAUACAAAGGGAGCAAGGUGCAGGAAGCAAAGAAAGAAAUACAAAAAGAUUUAAUAAGCGAAGGGAAAGCAGUUUUGUAUUAUGAGCCCGAGAGAAAAGUUAUGUCUCGAACGAACGACGAGUGUGUAGUAGCUUUAUGUGAUCAAUGGUAUCUGGAUUACGGCGAAGAAAACUGGAAAAAGGAAGCUACGAAAGCUUUAGCCAAUCUUAAUACUUUCCAUGACGAAGUAAGAAAGAAUUUUAUGGCGUGUCUGGACUGGUUGCAUGAAUACGCGUGUUCAAGGACUUAUGGGCUUGGUACUAAAUUGCCGUGGGAUGAAACCUGGUUAAUCGAAUCCCUCUCCGAUUCAACGAUUUACAUGGCUUACUACACUGUUGCACAUUUAUUGCAAGGAGGAACAUUCAAAGGCGACAAGACAAAUGCAUAUAACAUCAAGGCUGAGGAUAUGAAACCAGAAGUAUGGGACUACAUCUUCUUCGAAGAUGCUAAGCUUCCAAAAACAAGUAUAAAGAAACAGGCACUGGAACACAUGCGACGUGAAUUUCAAUACUGGUAUCCAGUGGACGUAAGAGUUUCUGGGAAAGAUUUAGUACAAAACCAUUUAACCUUUUUUAUUUACAACCAUACCGCAAUAUGGCCCGAACAGCCGGAAUUAUGGCCAAAAGGAAUAAGAGCCAAUGGACACGUUCUAUUAAACUCGGCUAAGAUGUCGAAAUCGGAAGGCAAUUUUCUAACACUUGCCGAGGCAGUAGAAAAAUUUUCGGCCGACGGUACACGGCUUUCGUUAGCUGAUUCUGGCGAUUCGGUAGAAGAUGCUAAUUUUGUUGAAACCACGGCGAAUGCUGGAAUUCUUCGACUGUACAAUCUUAUCGAAUGGAUGAAGGAAGUAUUGGCUUCCAAAAGCACUUUUAGACAUGGGAAACCACAUACGUUCAAUGACAAGGUUUUCGACAGUGAAAUCAACCUAAAAAUACGCGAGACUGGAGACAAUUAUUCGAAAAUGUUGUACAAAGAAGCAUUAAAAACAGGCUUCUUCGAAUUGCAAGCAAUAAAGGACAAAUACUUACAAUUGACCACGCUAGACAAUGCAAAUUGGACACUGAUUAUGAAGUUUAUGGAAACUCAAAUUAUACUGUUGUCACCUAUUUGUCCGCAUAUAUCGGAAUAUCUAUGGAAACUAAUUGGUAAUGAAGAUAGUAUAUUAAAUGCUAGAUGGCCCCAGAUUGAAGAAAUCGAUGAAAUUCUUAUAAAAUCAUCUCAGUAUCUAAUGGAUGCUGCACACUCAUUCAGAAUCCUCCUAAAAGCUUAUAUGACACCGAAAAAAGGACCAAAAGGAAAAGACGGUGCAACGGUCGUAGAAAAGCCUACUGAUGGUACAAUUUGGGUAGCAAAAACCUACCCCGCUUGGCAAAGUACUGUUUUAACUACAAUGAAAAAUUUGUUUGUUAGUAACGGCAAUAAACUACCAGAAAAUAAAAUGAUUGCGAUCGAACUAGGAAAAUUGCAGGAUCUGAAGAAAUACAUGAAACGAGUGAUGCCAUUUGUGCAAUUUGUACGAGAAAGGAUGGAGGUUAUUGGAUUCAAUGCGUUCAAUUUAACUUUAGAUUUCGAUGAAUUCAACGUUCUUCAAGAUAGUAAAAAAUAUCUUGAAAAUACUUUGGGUUUGACGAAUAUCGUGAUAAAGUAUACCGACGAAGCUCCAGAAAAAACGAGAGAAGAAUGUUGCCCAGGCUCACCGUACAUGAAUUUUUCUAAUCCUAGUCUCUCUAUAUGUAUUACUAAUCCACAAAAAUGCAAUGGUUUAUUCAGGAUGAUUAUGAAAAUCAUGAACAGAGACACUGGUGAAGAUGUAAUCGCACGAAUAAUGAAACAGAACGAAUUUAUAAAUAACCCGUUAUCCGUUUCUCUGUACCGUUACAGUGAUCCUUGUUUAGGACCUAGAACCAAACCAAUUGUUGACGAUAUUUUAAGAGGUAAAGUUGAAGUUCCUCGCACCUCUGUAUUUAAUGUCGAUGUAGAAAACAAAAUCAUUCAAGUCAACGUUGAAGGAAAUAUUUAUGACAUCGGUAACGAGCUAGUAUACAUAGUUCAGUCUAACGACAAUUAAAGCAUAAAUCGGAAUUAUAAUACUUUCCAUAAUACAAAUAUGAUACAAGUAA